AUGGCGCUCCUUUCAAUUCUCCUGCUCUUGGCGAUCGCCGGGAACACCCAGGCAGACAUUCGUGAGGUUCGUGAGGAAUCAAUGGAAGUCGAGGUCCGCACUCUCCGUCCGUUCCCGAAGAUAACCGACACGGAGGACGACAGCACCAGGAUGCAGGUGUUCGUGGUUUUGCUCGUCGCCUUCUGUGUCAGCCUCACAAUCACCGUCAUCAUUCGCUUCCUUCGCAAGUACUCCGAACGGCAGAGACUCUAUUCGAGCUUCAAUUAA